CGAUGUAUUUUUUAAUUAAUUAUUUUAUUGAUUUUGAGACCGGCACUUUUCGUGGUGGGGGGCCUCGCGCUGCGGACACCUCAGAGGCCUUCACCGCGAGUUGAGGCCGCGCGCGCGCGCCAUCGUUCAGCUGCGGCACCGUCAUGGGCCGGCGGAAGUCUAAGAGGAAGCCGCCGACCAAGAAGAAGAUGGUGGGGACCCUCGCGACCCAGUUCACCUGCCCCUUCUGUAACCACGAGCGCUCGUGCGACGUCAAGAUGGAUCGCGAAAGGAACACGGGCGUGAUCUCGUGUACCGUUUGCCUGGAGGAGUUUCAGACGCCCAUCACGUACCUCUCGGAAGCCGUGGACGUUUACAGUGACUGGAUAGACGCCUGCGAGGCGGCCAACCAAUAGCAGCAGCAGCAUCAUCAGCAGCAGCAGCAGCGCGGCUUCGCUGACGGCCGUGCCACACUUCCGACCAACAAACAGGGGAGCCCGGAGUUCAACAACGGAGGUGGUGCUGGAGGAUUAUGGUGGGAGGCCCCCGUUCGUGGCGGUGACGCGGGGUUAACGUUGCACCGUCAGAACCGCCGUUGCCGGGCGAUAACCGCAACGGUAACCUCAACUGUGACCGUUGAAUUGAGGCCGCCGCGAUUGCGUCUCGAUAUACUUGAUUGCGCCACGUUUGUGUGUUUUUUUAUAAGUAGAAAUGCGUUCGAUGUCUUGCGAAGUUAAAUAAACGGUCGGAGUAUCACCGGCGGACGGUCGACAAACCCCCUUCUGGGGGGUUUCAGCAGUGCUUAGGCGCGUGGCUCGCGAGUGUGACAAGGCGGAGAGCGAGUGGCACGGGGAGAGAGGUGGGGUUUGGUGAUUGAGAGCCCAUUGGUGCUUUUUUACACUUUCCAACUGUUGUUGAAAGCAUUUAGUCGUGGGCUCCGUCCGUCUGUAGCAGGGGGGGGGUGGGGGGGCAUCUUGAUAACUCUCCUAAACAUGAUCCGAUGUGAAUGCAAAUUGUUUUAGCCUAAUGCCGUCUUGCUAUCAAGAAUGGCGCCCGAGAGAAAACUGGCCAAAUCGAUGAUAGAGUUGGCCAAAGCCAGGCGAUGGCAAGCCAGGGACGAGACUUUGGGGCCGCGGUGAUUACGUGGGCGGCUUCCUAGCGACGACGAUGCGUGAAGUCGUGCGGGGCUCAGAAGGCCACGCCACUGUCGCCAAUUAAAGACUUUGGAGACCAGA